CCUCGAAUGUCGGCCUCCUACCACGUUUUAUCCGUUACAUUCGCAUUCCGCCUUCACGUAUAAAGAUAAUAUACGAACAUGCGAAGCUACGGCUCACCUCGGUCACAAUAAUUGGAGAGCAAUCGUACAGAGAGAAUAGAAAAAGACUGCCUAAUUUAUUUACGAUUAAGAUCGAAUUAUACGGGUUGAAACAAUUGGUCCAACAACUGCAGCGGAGUAACUUUUAUUAUCGGAUUUAUAAUUGUCUCGAUGCUUACGUGAACCGCAGUUGAGUUGAACCGACGCUUUUCGCGGUCACGGGACUCGAAUCGAAACGAAAAAAGAAUACGGUUGACAAAAAUUAAUCGUUUCCCAUGUAUCUGAUGCAGUGUAUAAGGAUUAAGGAAAGAUAUGAUCUCGCACAAUGAAGCAACUCAUCUCUAACAGUUUUAUUAGAGCGAAGUUCGACGUUUCGAGUGGAACACCGGCCCGCGCGAUUGAGUUUCCGGUUCGAUGUAAUGGUGUGGCGAGCAGCUGUCCAGAGUGACGUUGCUUCCGCACGAUGCAGCUAAUGACCUUGAACUCGCUGUUGAUGUUCGAUCUGGUGUUCCUAUUCUUCCUAUUCCUCGUCGGAGUAUCUUGCCUCGUUUACUACCUACCGGGCGCACGGAGACGUGUGCUUGCACCCCACGAAGUAAUCACAGCUUCAACUAGUCAGCGUUCCGACGCGCCGAUCGACGAUGUCUAAGGAUGCCGACUCUGACGCCGACGGAGACGCCGACGCCGACAGAGACGGGGAGCGAAGAUGUUCUCGCUGUUUUGGCCGGAGACGUGCUUGUCCUGAGAGGUGCCAGCCUCGCGGCUCCCGAGACUUGGGCACUUCUUUGUCAGGCUGCCCAGGCGCUCCAGGAUCUCUUCCUCUCGAACGGUGGGGUGGUCGGAGGUUCGGGAAUGGGUCCGGUGGUGACCCCGCAUACCCUGGAACUGACCGCACGCGGAAGGGUUACUCUACGUUCAGCGCCACCGGAAACAGCGAGGGCUUAUCUACCCCCCGAAUAUCGUCCGGGUAAAAUGUACUCGGACACGGACUCGGAGAAGAUGUGGAUGUACUCCCUCGGACGGGCUCUUCUGGAUACGACGCCUCGUGGUGCAGCGCUGACUGGAACUGGGUCCGUAUCGCCGUCCUCUGCUCUCCAGUCGGUUUUGGCAGCCAUGACGGAGCCUGACCCCCACCGAAGAGCAUCCCUCAUGAAUCUUCUCGAUGUGAUAUCGGAAUACUGCAGAACUCGACUGCAGACGAAACCGUUCUCUCACAUAGUGAUGGAUAUGUACAGAGAGGUGGUUCGGUGUCCGCAAUACGUAGCGAGGAAACGAAGCGCCCUUCAAACCGCAAGGGUAUCGAAAUCUCGACAGCCACGUCAAACCCACCAGCAACAGAACCAACAACAUGCACAGUACGCACAAACCAAUUUUCCGAAGCAAAAUCACCAUCACCACCACCACCAUCAUCAGGCCAAAGGAGCGUUGUUCAAGGUCCAGUCUCGCAAUUCCCGCUCGCAACCGAAUCUCCUCAGUUUGUCCGGGAGCGAAACUAUGUCUCUGGAAAACGGCGGAAGGCCGGAGUUCCAGUCGCAGGUCAACAUUCCGGGAAAUCCAGGGUCCGUCAGAAUUUUACCAACGGUUGUACACCACGCGAGAACAAGCUCCCAACCGACUACUUGUUAUCCGGAACGCAACAAUGCGCAAAGUUACAACUCACGCACACCCCAUACCGGAAGCGGUAACAAUCUCGCGACGAUAUCGUCCGGUCAAAAUCGUCAGAGUUACGGGAAUAUAUACAGCGAUCCGAUCUAUUCUCUUCCCGUGAAACCGUUUCUCAGCUCUCAGGAUGUCCGGAACAAUGACCUUACCAAAUCCGCGAAGAACGACCCGCGCGAUCAGAUUAAUUUCAAGACAACGGACGCCGCGUACGUUCAAAGAUUGUGCAGGAGUGAAAAUUCCGGGCAGCAAAUUCAGCGUUAUCGGCGAGAGGCGUCCAAUCCUCAACUACGUACGAGAUCGACGGAAGCGAAUCCCACGCGUUGCGGCGUCCCGACGCAGCUUUCGCUGUACACCGGAAACGGGGAUCCUCCAACAUCGAAAUGUCGAAAUCAACCGUCGUCAGAUUCGGCGGAAAAUAGACCCGGUCCAACGUACGGACAUCCGACGAAUCAGACUGAUAUUUUAAGACAACAGUCGUCGACGGGUGAGAAAAUUUUCACCCCACGGGGUCCCGUACCACCCAAACCGCCGAGAAUCAUCACCACCUUGAAGAGGUCCGCGGUGAACUCGGGACCGGAAACGGAAUCAGGUCCACCUGUGAAACCGCCCAGGAGCGCGAUCAAGUGCGGCCCGAGAGCACGUCGAGGAAAAGCGGUCCAGAGAGCACCGUCUCGAUUAUAUCGCGCGGCCGGCGGACCCUCGAGAUCAUUGAACAAGACGCGAUGCGUUGGUCCGGAAUUUGUAGUACGUGCCAAUCAACAGCCCCGGCAAUUGGUCGUCGGCGAUGUAAAAACUGCCUCUACCAGUCGCGUAGUGGUCAUACUUCUGACCGGACAAAGACUGGAGGUAACUUGUGAUCCGCAGAAAAUCACGGCGGGAGAACUCUUUCAGACGGUGGUCCAGGCGGAGAACCUCGAGGAGAAUUUUACUCUCGGUUUGGCGGCUUUACUGGCCGGAGACUUUGCCAUUCUUCCUCCAGAUACGAAAUUGAGCAAAGUAGCACCCCCGGGAUGGCUGAACACGGGGAAAAACAAAGGUCUCUUGGGCCUACCGACGAGCUUCAUGCUUUACUUCCGGCUCCGAUUUUUCCUACCUUCGCUACGGGGAUUAAGAAGCUGGUGCUCCAAACAUCUCCUGUACCUGCAGCUUCGCCGUUGCAUAUUGGAGCAACAAUUGGUCUGCUCGUUAGGUCAGCUUAUAAAUCUGACCGGUCUCGCGCUUCAGGCAGAGUUCGGAAACUACAGUACGAACGAACACGGUUGCGGUGAUUACUUCCUCCUGGAACACUACGUACCGGAGUCGCUGGUCCUAAGCGGCGAACAGGUCAAAUCCGAGCUACCUGGAAGCACCGAAGUCCUCCGUUCUCAGUUACAUCAGGCCCACAGAGACAGGUUCGGCCUGGACACUAACAAGGCUGAGGAAAUGUUCAUCGCUCACACUCAAGCGCUGAACGACUACGGUGCCCACUAUUACAUCGCCACUCUGGAUACCAAGGAAUUGACGAAGGUCAUCGCUCAGCAGAAGUUGAGUAGCGGUGCCGUCGGGACUAGCAAAGAUCAACGGAAGACGACCGACGGCAUCUACUCGGAAACGGAGAACAUUUACGAGCUGGACAAAUCCUCGGAUGACCCGAUAUACGGGCAAAUCGAUUUCCCUGGAAUCGGCGGUGACAAGGAACGAGGCGGGAAUUCGUACACCGAUCGGGAACACAAGACGGCGGCGAAUGUCGCCGAAGGACUCUACGCCGUACCGAGACCCAGGGAUUCGAAAACCUGCGGUAACGAGCCGAACAACAACGUCGGCGGCAAUUCAAAAAAUAACAUCCACAACAACAAUAACAAUAAUAACAAUAAUAAUAACAACAACACCAACAACAACAAUCAUUGCGGUAUCGGAAGAACGAAAAAGUCGAACGAGAGCGGAGUUUGGCUGGCUAUUCACUCUGACGGAUUGAAACUUUUCGAAAGGGGUGGAAAUCCUAGGGAAAAAAUUGAACUCGCCAGGUUUCAGUGGCGCGAUGUUCAGACACUCAGUUACAGUAAAAGUUGCCUCUGUAUACACAGCAAACUGAAUGGGAAACGAUGCAAAUUUAAGCUGAGGAUGGAUCACAGGAAAAGCUACUUCGCCUUCAAGCUGACCUCUCUUCACCACCAAUUUUUCCUGAAAUUUCGUGCCGAGCUCAGCUCACUUCAAGGACUCGCGGCGGAAUUUGGAGUCCCGUUGACGGUGGAGCCGAAUUCACCUCCGCCCAAGUUGAAACCCGACAGCAGCAAGACGAAAAUAUCGAUCGCCGAGGCCACCAAGAAACAGCAGAACCAAAAGCGCUCCGUGAUGCAACUCGAGGAGUUCCAAAACAAGGAGAAUGAAAACCCGCAAAAAAAAAGCAGCCUCGCGUCUCAGGAACCGAUUCGGUAUACUCCCGAGGAAGAUGCCCUCUACGCUCAAGUUCACGCGCGAUUGGAACCGGAGGGAGCGUCACGAGACGCCGAAGAGGAAUCUGACCGGGGACUGAUCGGUCCCCAGCAUCAUUUCGCCAACGAUGAUCUCGUUGAAACUGUAAAAAUUAAACGUGACAAAGAAAAGCUCUACGCUUAUGCGAAAAUUGGUCCACCGGAGCGGAACGAGUACUUCAAUCCAUUGACGAAACCUCUGUCUUCGGACGACAUCGAUCUACUUUUACGGAAUCAGGAUAAAACUGAAGAUUUGUACGCGGCGAUCAACAAAAACGGGCUGCCGAAAAAGUUCAACUUCCCCGUACCCGACGAAGUCUGGAACGUCAGCGACGUGACGAAUCUCAAGAAAAGCGCGCAGCAGGCAAAGACUUCGAGCCUCCCCAACUACGGGACGCCGCGACAAAUGACCGGAUUUCGAACGCCGAGUCUUCCUCGCCGACUCGGCGUAAAAAUGGGAACCCGGGCUAUCUACAGUAGCUUGCAACGAGAUCCCACCCUUGCCGACGUCACCAGUGACCUUGAGUCGCUGUCGCUAAAAUCCGACACCACCUCCUCGGUCCGGUCGGCAUCAGCCGACUCACCCCUACCGGAAGCCUACGUACUCAACGCAGACAUCAGAUCGGACGACGAGACGUUCAGAGUCCCCGUGGAUGAAACGAUGUCCGCCUCGCUGAUGGCCAGGCUGGACGAACUGUCCUUCGUGGAGGAGCGAAUUUUGCACUCGAUACAACUGGAGCGUGGCCACGGGGGUAGUAUAGGUCUGCAGGUAACCGAAGGGAGCGACGGCGGUGUCUACGUCCAGGCGGUAUCUGUUGGCGGUUCUGCGGAUAUGGCCGGUAACGUGAACAAGGGAGAUCGCAUAGUCGCAAUCAACGGGCAAAGUCUCCUCAAUCUCCGUUACGAGGACGCUCUGAGGAUGUUGCAGAGUUCGUCGGAAACGGUCGAUCUUGUUCUGUCGCAAAUCUUACCCCGCGGAAACGCGGGGCAGACCAUGAAAACCGUCGAUUCUCGUCAACAAGGACCGAUCGAGGACAAUUAUUUGCAAAACAUCAGGUUCGAUAUGGCGUCGGAGCUCGAUUCAACGAACGCCGGCAUGGCGACGAAAUGGUUGAGCCAGAAGACCCACGAGAUCGCAUCCGUGCAAAAUACAUCCAGCGCUUACAGCAGCGCUUCGUCAAGUGCCAUGGGAAAUCACAGGGGUAUAAAUACCCAUUACCUGACCGAUGUCAUCGGUGACACAACCCUCAAUUCUGCCAGCAUUUUACUUGGCAUUGAGGACUUUGACCUGAGCCGUACCAGCCGACAGGUCUUCAUUUAGAGACUGAUCGCAACCCGCAGCACCAGGAUGUUUCGAUGCCGGGAGUAGAAGUAACGCCGUUCAUCGAGGACGUCGUACGAUCAGGUACAAAAAAUCAUUCGGUCCCAAGAUCUCCAUCCUCGACCAUCGGUGAACACUACACAUUUUACUGCACCGUGUAGCAAUCGUAUCAAGAUUUCCUGCUCCGUCUGAACGAUCG